UUGAACGCACGCCAAACGGGACAGCAGGACCAAGCAAGAAGGCUACAUUUUGAGGAACGAGAACUGAACAGGGUCAUUCUUUAAGAAACACUAUCCUACAUUCAGCAAAGUCUGAUCAAGAAACUGUCUGAUGAGCUGUAAUGAGAACAAACAUGAAAUAGAAUUCGAAAAGAAUAGGCUACCCAAUGCUGCAGAGAAUGACUGUGUUGUUUUGACUUUGCCGCUGACUGGUUUACACCAAGACAGGUUGUUUGUUUAGAAACUGAACGGAAGCUGAUUUUAUUUAGAAGUUACGUGUUUAAUACAUUUUAACCUAGCAAAAUGACGUCGAUCUUAUUUAUUUUUUAUUGGAUCGACAUUAAGAGUGUUUUUGUGUUUCUCGCCGUUUUCCUUUUAAUUUAUGACUUCAUCAAAAACAAACGUCCAAAGAACUUUCCUCCUGGGCCGCGUCCUUUGCCUUUUAUAGGUAACCUUCAUCAUCUUGACUUCAACAAUAUCCAUCUACAGUUUUCCGAGUUUGCUGAAACAUAUGGAGAUAUUUUCAGUAUUCAGUUCAUUGGACCAUGGGUUGUUGUUCUCAAUGGACACAAGUUAGUGAGAGAAGCAUAUGUGCUUCAAGGAGAAAACUUUGUUGAUCGGCCAUCCUUACCUGUGUUUGAGGACCUUGUGGGACACAACGGGGUGGUGGCAUCUAAUGGAUAUUCAUGGAAACAGCAGAGAAGGUUCGCGCUUCACACCCUGAGGAAUUUUGGACUGGGCAAGAGAAGCCUUGAGCCCUCCAUCCUUCAAGAGUGCAGAUAUCUAAAUGAAGCAUUCGCUAAUGAGCAAGGCAAACCAUUUGACCCACAAUGGCUCAUUAACAAUGCUGUGGCUAACAUAAUUUGCUUGCUGGUGUUUGGGGAGCGCUAUGAGUACUCCAGUGAUGAAUUUCAGUCCCUCCUCAAGAACAUCAACGAGGGUGUCCUUCUGGAGUUUGGAAUAUGGUCACAGCUGUAUAAUAUGUUUCCAUGGUUAUUUCGCCGAGUGCCUGGCCCACACAGACGGUUGUUUCAUGUUUGGAAGGAAGUGAUUGACUUUGUAAAGAAAAUAAUUGAGGAUCACCGUGUGGACUGUGAUCCUUCUUCCCCUAGGGACUACAUUGAUUGCUUUCUUGCAGAAAUGGGAAAGUGGAAGGAUGAUGAAGCAUCAGGCUUCGAUAUAGAAAACCUGUGCUUCUGCACACUGGACCUGUUUGUUGCAGGAACUGAGACCACUUCUACAACUGUGUACUGGGCACUGCUCUACAUGAUUGCAUAUCCUGAGAUACAGCGCAAGGUGCAAGAGGAGCUAGACCAAGUGGUCGGAUCUUCCCGACAGCCAUCCUUGGCUGACAGGGAGAGCUUACCUUAUACAGAUGCUGUUAUCCAUGAGAUCCAGAGAUUUGGAAACAUCAUUCCAUUGAACCUGGCUAGAUGUACCACCAAAGAGACCCAAAUUGGUGACUACACCAUUCCCAAGGGUACAAUGGUGAUGGGCAAUUUGACCUCUGUUUUGUUUGAUGAGACGGAAUGGGAGACCCCUCACACCUUCAACCCAGGCCACUUCCUGGAUGCAGAGGGGAAGUUCAGGAAGAGGGAGGCCUUCUUGCCUUUUUCUAUUGGAAAGAGAGUGUGCCUGGGAGAGCAGCUGGCCAGAAUGGAGCUGUUCCUGUUCUUCAGCUCGCUGCUCCAGCGGUUCUCCUUCUCACCACCACUGGGAGUAGAACCCAGUCUGGAGUUCCGAUUUGGAAUCACUCGCACCCCUCAUCCCUAUCAACUCUGUGCUAUCCCUCGCUGAGACUUAACUUUAAAAAAAGAAAUGCUUCACUGCACCAUGCAGUCUGCAUUGAUAAUCAAGGUGCUUGAUUUCAUACACCUGUGGAAAGGGACCUGAUGAAACCCAUGAAUAGAUAUAAAUGUAUAAUCUUUGAAGAAGAAAAACUCCUGCAGUGGUGCUGCAGAUGUAAACUAGGCAUGAACGCAGCAUCAGAGGAUAACACGAUGACAAGCACAUUUACAAGCAGCAGAUUUACAUUUGACAAGCAACAUUAGCUUGUGGAGUUGAGUUAGCCUACUGUGGACAAAUGUCUGCUAAAAAUGGGCUGAAAUAGGCAUAUUCGCAUACUGUAUUAUGGAAUCAGAAUUUCAAUGGUGUAUUAAUUUAUCAAGUAAUUACAAAUGAAACCUACAUAAUAAUGCAACAUUUAAUUUGGAACAGCUACUUGUAGUUUAGUGUAUUUUGACUUUAGUUCACUCCAUUUGGAAGUAUUUCCAUAAAAUAAGCUUAGCUGUUUCAAAAAUGUUGAUGUUUAGAACCAGCACAGAUAUAAAAAAUAAGGUGAAUAAGCUAUUUAAAAAAUGCUGUCAGGGCUUACAUUCUGGAGCUGGCCAGUUGGCCACCUUGCUGACCGUUCUGUGUUAAAUGUGGUUUGACUUGAUUUUGAUUUGUUUACCUGUCUGUUGUCAUGUGCUUUUUCUCCCACACCUAUCCUUAUUUGUUCUGUGCUGAAUCCUGUCUUUGUCUAUUUUCCCGUCACUUUCAGUUCAGUUGUCAACUGUUUUGUAUGAUUAUUACAGUGCAUGAAAAUGCACUGUACUGUUCUUCCUAGGUUUCUUAUUAUUCCAACUUCUUCUAACGCUCGCAAUUCAGCUUGAACCGUUUAACGUAGAAACUUGAUUCAAACUUUGUUACGUAGGUCUUACUAAGGAGACCUGUGCAAUAUAUUUUUCAACUUUGUAACUUUUAUACUUUUUAAACUGUAAAUUAAAAACUAUUAAACAUUUCCCCAUAGACUUAACAUUGCUCAUUAUGACAUCACGGCAGCAAUUAGAAUGUUACGCCAGGUGGCCAGUCCAGGUGCAGCAGCUCUCUCUCUCUCUCUCUCUCUCUCUCUCUCAGGCUUUAAACUGGCUCUCUUGAGACUACAUUUUCUGUUCCCCUGUAUCAACGGUAUCAACAUAAGUCUUCCUAAUUCCAUCCAACUUUCUAUCCAUUCAUCUUCUUCAAACCAUUCACUCAUCCACCCAUUCUAAACAGUCUGCCUAUCAACAUCAAUUAGACGAUCUACAUUCAACUUUGAAACAAUCUACUCUGUCUCAGGCCUGGCUCUCUUAAGACUAACAAGUUAAGUUGAUUACACCUGUACUACUCUCUCAGUAGAGAGCUGUGUCUCUCCAUUCUACAAGAAUAUAAGGCACAUUCCAUCCAACUUUCUAUCCAUUCAUCUUCUUCAGACCAUUCACUCAUCCACCCAUUAAACUGUUUAU